AUGACCCAAAAAGUAUUAAAAUUACAUGUUCUAAGGUAUAGCUGCCAGGUUUGUGCUUAUCAUGGCACGCAUUUUCGCCAAAUGAACACUGGACCGGAAAUUCGGAGUAUUUGUGUUAAAUGCUCCUGGAGAAAUAAUCCAGACAAUUACAGGGAAAAUGUUUUUAUUUUCAUCCUUAAAGUGCCAACAGGCACAGUUUACUAUUCUAUUCAUGUGCUUAUCCCCCUUCGACGUCAGCCAUGGAUUAACACCACGGAUUCAGCUGCCCGUACACCCACAUCACUUCGAGCAAACCGAGCUCCAGGUGCCGCAGCACCACCAACAGCAGCAACCACCGUGCAUGCUGCCACAAGGGUCUCAGCACUCGAGUCCUUCCCACGCCUUCUGCAGCCGAUACCCGUAUCAGCAGCUUCAGCACAACAUGCUCUUGCAUCAGCAACACAAGAAAUGCCGUCAUCAGCCACAGCUAUACAAGCAAAGGCCACAAAAGUGAACCCCAAAACCUAUACUCUAGAACGGCUCCAAGACAAAUGGCUUGCCGAUCGGCUCAACGAAUCUGUGAAUUGGAAGCGCCUUCACGUCGACUCUGCAGACCUCUCAAAAAGUCUGGUAGCUGCAAAGCAAUUUUAUAAUCUGGUAACCGGUCCAGCUGGCCCCAUUGGUGGAAAAGGCUCUUCUACAGACUUUUCCCAGGAACACCCUACUAGCCACUCUGGGAAUACGUCAAAGAGUCAGGUGCUACUGGAGCUGCUAAAACAGAGUGAAGUGCUGGCAGACAACUUGGAUCAGUUGCUAGGCAUGCUGCACAGCCUCGAGAGGGAGGCACAUGCAGAAGGCAUCGGCUUUAGUCCGAGGGGGUGGAAGCUGGUUCAGAGCACAGAGGAAGCCUUAGGAGCUGCAGGAGCUUUCGCGGAAACUCUUGAUGAUGUGGCAAGCAGCGAUAGCUCUAUUUCCCUGCGAGGCUCUUCUCGCCUUCCCGCAACAGUGCUGCGGCUGAGAUCUGCUCUCGGCAGCUUUGGAUCCAAUCCAAGCGCCAGGAAGCUCAGUGAUGCCAUUCGAGCUCAGCAGCUUGCAGAUCUGCUGCAGGGAUCCUCCCUGCGACAUCUUGCAGCACGACCGCUGCCGAAGAAUGGAUCUGAGAGUGUCUCUCCAGCUAAAGAAGCUGUGCUGAGCUGA